GUAAGCAGCCGCACGGAUCGGACACAAUGAACUAUAAGCUGCUCCUUCUUGGACUAUUUUCAUUUGCCAUCUUUCUCUUUGGCAGUGAGGCAGCAUUUGUUAAAAUGACAAAUGCAAAAUGUCAGUCGUACAACAAGUCGUGGGUGGAAGUUCACUAUUGCCGCCUGAAGGCCUACUCCCGGAACAAGACAAGUCUGAAUGUAAAUCUCACUGUCUUAGAACCGGCAAACAACAUCCACCUACGAUUUAAAAUGAUGAAGAGGGCCAAUGGCUACAAGCCAUUUCUCUGGGACUACACCAUUGAUGCCUGCGAGUUUAUGAGGAAACGCAAUCAUCCGGUGGCCAAAAUGUUCUGGAAUAUGAUGAAGGAUGUGUCCACAGUGAAUCAUACCUGUCCUUAUGUGGGCUUGCAGACUUUAAGCGAUUUACACCGGGUUGAAAUACCCCUACCAAUGCCAACUGGUGAAUAUCUUCUAUUGUUGGAUUGGAUGUUCGAUCGUAGACCGCAGUUUGCAUCAAAUGUUUACUUCACCUUUGUGGAGGAUCCGUAUAUUAAGAGCUGA